GAGAGGAGGAUCAAAGACACAAAGACAGAAUGAAAGAAGAAAGAAAGAAAGAAAGAGACCUCAUCAGCGGAAGUCUGUGACGUUCUCAUCAGGAUAAAUGUCAGAGCCCAACCUGGCGUCCAGCAGAACACCAGCGAAGACCAAGAAGACCACCUGCAGCUCAUACGUCUUCUGACCUGAACCUCCAGCAGAGCCCGAGGAACCUAAAGAGUCCGACACAGUCGAGAUCUGCAGAACCAAAACGGGACAACGAGGACACUCCAAGUCGAACCUGACAGCAUGUUUCCAACACCGAGCUCCAAAGUGACGGCCGCCUGUGUGGCGUUGAUGAUGACGAUGAUGAUGAUGAUGAUGAUACAGGAGGCAGCAGCCAUGCCGAAAGCAGGCGGCCAAUCGAAACACUCUGGAAAGACACACAAGAAGCCUUCGGAGGAUGUGUCGGUAGAAACGGUCCCCCUGCAGCUCGAUGCCAGCGCUUUGGUUGCCGCCAAAAUCAUCAGGCCGCUGGAGAACGCCUCCAUCUCGCCGUGGACGUACAACGUCUCUCACGAUGAGUCUCUCUUCCCUCCCAUGCUGUCAGAGGCGCGUUGCUUACUGCAGGGCUGUCUGGACUCAAAGGGCCAGGAGGACCUGAACCUGGAGUCCAGACCCAUCAUGCACCAGGUGCUGCUGCUGCGUCGGGUCCGGUCGGCGGGGUCAGCGCACAGCUACCACUACCGGCUAGAGUCCCGCCUCAUCACUGUGGGCUGCACUUGCGUCCGACCUGUCGUCCAACGGCAAGAAUGAAGACCAGCAGAGACCGGACUGGAUACUGGGUCAGUCUGACACCGACGCCAAGCUUCAGUAUGGAAGACCAGUACCACCAAAACCAAAAUCAUGAGAAUGUUGGAAAUUCAAAAAGGAAAACAGAAAUAUGCGCUGUUGUAUUUUUAAAAGUUCAAGUUUGUAUAAUUCACUUGUGCUUUAAGGAGUAGAAAAUAUAAUUGUAUCCAUAAAAAUAUAAAUCAGAUUAAACCAUGUGAAGGAUGGUAUCAUUGUAGGUGUAGAUCAGAGAGUCAUCUGCAUAGAAACUGAUUUUGUGCUUUGAGGUAAUGAUAUAAAUAAGUCUACUGUACAUACAGUAUCCCUCAUAAUGGUGAUUGUAAUAUUAUUUAGUAGCUGAUUGGCUAAUCAUCAAAAAUCUCAUCAGAAUUAGUAUCUCAAUAUUUACUCACAAUUAUUUUUUAUCUAUGUCGUCUACAUGCUGCUCUGCUGGGUGUCAAAUUCAUCUGUUUUUAUUUUCUUUAAUUUCAUUAAUUUGUCUCUAAUCAAUCAACUACACACUGGAAUUUAUCAAUAGAUGUGCUUCAUAUAUUAUGUUCUAUUUAUUGUUGUAGUUUAUUUAAACAAUAUGUUAUUUAAGUGUUUUGAUAUUUAGGUAUUUAUUGGUUAUAUUAAUGUUAAUGUAUUUAUAGUUCAGAGGCUGAAUGUAGCAUUGACUCAAUAAAAAAUGAGCAAAGAAGUGAAGUGUCUUUGUU